AUGCAGUUCUCCAUCACCGCUGUCUUCCUCGGCCUCGCUGCCUUCGCUGCCGCUGCCCCCACUGAGGCCCAGCACGAGAAGCCUCGCUUCCCUGUCCCCGGCGACCUCACCGUCAAGCAGGCCCAGUCCAAGUGUGGUGACCAGGCCCAGCUCUCUUGCUGCAACAAGGCCGUCUACGCCGGUGACACCACCGAUGUCAACUCCGGUAUCCUCGGCGGUACCCUCUCCAACCUGAUCGGUGCUGGCUCCGGUGCCUCCGGUGCUGGUAUCUUUGACCAGUGCUCCAAGCUCGAUGUCCAGAUCCCCAUCAUCGGUAUCCCCAUCCAGGACAUUGUCAACCAAAAGUGCAAGCAGAACAUUGCCUGCUGCGCCAACUCUGGUUCCAACGCCGACAACGACCUCAUUGGCGCCGGCCUCCCCUGUGUUGCCCUUGGCUCCAUUCUCUAA